GCAGUCCCGCGAGUACAAACUGGUGAUGCUGGGCGCCGGGGGCGUGGGCAAGAGCGCCAUGACCAUGCAGUUCAUCAGCCAUCGAUUCCCUGAGGAUCACGACCCUACCAUCGAAGAUGCAUAUAAAAUCCGAAUUCGUAUCGAUGAUGAACCUGCCAAUCUCGAUAUAUUGGAUACAGCUGGACAGGCAGAGUUCACAGCUAUGAGGGACCAAUACAUGAGGGCAGGUGAAGGAUUUAUCAUUUGUUACUCCAUCACGGAUCGUCGAAGUUUCCAUGAAGUUCGAGAAUUUAAGCAAUUGAUCUAUCGAGUUCGGCGGACAGAUGACACACCUGUAGUGCUGGUGGGAAACAAGUCUGACCUGAGACAACUUCGCCAAGUCACCAAGGAAGAGGGCAUAGCUUUGGCCCGUGAAUUCAGUUGCCCGUUUUUUGAAACUUCAGCUGCCUAUCGGUACUACAUUGAUGAUGUGUUCCAUGCCCUUGUGAGGGAGAUCCGUAGGAAAGAAAAGGAGGCAGUGCUGGCCAUGGAGAAGAAGUCCAAACCCAAAAGCAGCGUGUGGAAAAGACUGAAGUCACCUUUCCGAAAGAAAAAAGAUUCAGUAACUUGAAGGAACAAAAGAAAAUGUUUGUACCUGUGAACUGCAGCACGUGACCAGGGCAGGCUGACCUGCAUGAGCGUGCAGAGCUUGCUCUUCCUCCUGUUUGGACCAUUGUUUUUAAAUAAGGCAGAGAUGAAGGGAACAGACCUACUGGGGUUUUCCAAGGAGGUGGUAUUUAGAAUAAUGUCUUCUAGUUUUCAGACUUAGGAGCCCAGUGGGACAGUGCCUCCAUUUUUGUUUUAAAUCGUCACUUUUGAGUUUAACCCAUAAGUACUCUGAACUCACCCAAGGGGGUAUCUAUCCCUCAUGGGAGCUGCACCAAGCUCCCAAAAGAAAAACUUUUCUGCUGUGCAAUGUGUAUCAUCUUUCAACUUUCAGUUUCCUGGGGUUGCCCCAAAGGAGACACCUUUGUCUUCCUGUUCAUACUCUGCUUUCUAAAGGCAGAGCAGAAAGCCAGCCAGGAAACUUGAUAAGUCAGUGCUAAAGAUAAUCAGAUAGCUGGGGAGCUGACUCUUAAUGCCUGUCAUGUGAGAUGAAAGGCUAGAGAUGGGGAGACCAUAAAGUGUUUGCAGGGCCCUGGCUGGGAAUCGAGAGGUGAGUGAAUGGAGAGAUCCUCAGAAUGUACUAACACAGGCCUUGUUUUCCUAAUACAGUAUGUGCCAAAAUUGCCAAGUGGACUAGAAUAGGUGAAUACAAACAAAUCAAAUACAGUGAGGUUUCUCCUGUGGUUCUAAUUUACCUCGAUUGCACAACUUGGCAUUUCCUUAGCCUCAUUGAGGUUAAUAAUAUAGGAAUCCCCAGGGGAUUGCCAAAUCCCUCAUUAUAUAAAUCCCCAACUGGCUUGCCCUCCUCUUGGUUAGAAUCAUUAAAAAAAUUUUUUUUCAGGGGCCCAUAGACCACUUACCUGCCUUGUUCACAGCUUCCCCCCCCCUUUUUUUUUAAAUUUCCCAUCGACCUCUACAAAACAGUAACAUACUACUAUGGGGAAGAGCAAGACCUAGGAAAUAAUUUGGGGGCUCUUCUUCAAACUAUCAAAAUUGGGAGAAGGUGUGUGUGUGUGCCUUCUGGCUAGAGCCACUAGAUUUGGUGCUUUAAGAGAAAUAACUGUAACAUUUAGAUUUUACUAAGUUGUAGCUGUCAUUAAGGGGGCCAUUUCUUUAAAGUUUUAAAUUCAUACACAUUUAGUUUAUCCUUGAAAUCCCUCACAAGAACUAUCUUACCAAUGAUGAAAUGCCAUCAGUGUUGUUGAGUUCUCUGUAUUGUCAGUAUCAUUUUGACAAGAGCUUGGAAUACAGAGAUGGGGUGUAUAAGUGCUAAAAUCAGUUCAUUUUAGGGGCAGUGAGGUGGCUCACUGGAUAGAGCCAGGCCUGGAGUCAGGACGACCUGGGUUUCAAUCUGGCCUCAGACAUUUCCUAGCUAUGUGACCCUGGGCAAGUCACUUAACCUCUACUGCCUACCCCUACUGCCCUUCUUCCUUGGAAUGGAUACUAAAGACAGAAGGUAAGGUUUGUUAUUUUUUGUUUGUUUUUUUUUUAAGGUAAUUCAUAUUGUGCAGGAAAAAGCAGCUUUGGCAUUGUUGGUAUCCACCACCUUUCUCUACUUUUACCUUUAAUAAGAUGACUAUAUUUAUAUAGCACCUUCUUAAAAAAAUUUAAAUUUCCUGUUGCACCCUUUCUCUGAAACAGGAGAGAACAGGGUUGUCAUUUUGUCACUCUUUGGGUUUUUGAAGAAAAGGGCUUGUUUUAUCUCAAUAUUGUUGCUGGAUAAACCAUGUGCUGUAAUAUUCAAGACAAGCAAGACGGCAUGACCUAAUAUUAAGAGAAAAAUGACUCUUGGGGUCCUUUGUGGCUUUGAAGUAGGAGGGUGAAUGUCAAGCAGCACAUAUAUAAGUGGCAUUUCACCUUGUUUUUAAUUUUUUUUUUUAUUUUGUGAGAAACUUGAGGUAUUAUGUUGAUUAUGAAGUCAUUUAUGUCGUAACAGAAAUUAAUAAAUACAAUAGUAUCCAGUUUAGUGAACCCAAUAAUAAGUUGUGUCGUUUCCCCUCCUCCCCUUUCUAUAAGACAAAGAGGAAUUCUAUGGCAUAUAACAGGAAAAGGAAAUAGCUGGCUUCAUUUUUAAAGUUAUCACUGGUUUUUUUGGCUUGUUUUUUCUUAAAUUGUGGUCAAUCGACAAAUAUUUAUUAAGCUCCUACUAUGUGCAAGGCACUGUGUCAGGUGCUGUGAGGGCUACAAAGCCAAAUAUGGCACAGUCCUGCCUUUCCUUCAAAAAAUUACUGUCAGGUAUUUACAUUUACAAUCUAAAAAUUAGCCUGGUUAACUAAUCCUUUCUUUAUCUCAGCUCUCAGGCCUUAUUAGCCUAUCACUUUUAACAGGUAAAAGUUCAGGACUAAGCUGAAAGACAGAACUAGCCCAGUUCAUUAAAUUGCUGCACCUAGAAGGAUUUGCUUCUUGGAAAUGGGAAUGGGGGCAUGUUUCAAUUUUGAAACAGUGAAAUCAGUAGCAAGUUCUGGUGAUCAGGAAAAAAAAGGAUGCUUUUCACUUAUUCACAUAUAUGAAGACAUUAAUUGUACUUGACGAAAUACAGAACUUUUUU